CGGAAGAGUGUAUUUGGCGAUAACCAAUAAAUCGGAAUUCUCUGAUCUAAUCUGGCUAGCAAUCUCAGUAGCAGUUGAGCACAGCGUUACCAAACGUGAUCUGGUACGGAUGCAUGACCGAGCGUCUUCAACUAGUUGGGUCCAAUAAAACAUGUUUUCAGCAUCCAAUGUCGAAAGCUUACAGAGUUAUUUAUUUUGGGGAUUUAUUUACCGCUACAACCCCUUCACUGAACAAGCGACAAACACACUCAUCAGCAAUUUUUCGUAUUAUGUGGUUACAGAUGCUUACUUUAUUCCAGUGAUCAACUGCACGGAUAUUCAAACGGAAAACAGUAGAUGGCUCCCAUCUCCUUCAGAAAAUUCCGAAAGCGUUGUCGUCUUACAACAUGUGUGUUUCAAAGUUUUUUUUAUUGUUAUGAUUUAGGCGUUACUUUCCAAAAACUUUUUUCUGGAGUCUUUCAUUUGAGCCUUGUAAGGUGUGGCAAUUUCAGCUUAAGUUCUUUCUUGGUUAUUGACCACUUGUGACUGUGCAUGAAGUUACCUUAAUUAAAAAAAUGCUUGUACGUGACAACUAAUCUUACUAUUCGAAUAUAAAGUGAAUCCACCACGACACUUGCUACUGGGAUGCUAGCCGUGUCACACAUAGUGUCUUCAAGGAAGUAGACAAGAUGCUGAACAGCCAUAUAUAUUGGACUUCACGCGACCUUGAAACUGUUCAGACUUCGGAGACAAGGCGGGUCAGCGUAACCUUGAGAUGAGUUCCUUAUCGAAAUUUUUCAAGUCUAAGAAGAAUGAUAAACCAGAGACUCAAACGGCAAUUCAUAAGCUUAGAGAAACACAUGAAAUGCUUACAAAGAAGUCAGCCUUUCUGGAAGGAAAGGUUGAUGAGCAGAUAGCUUUGGCCAAAAAAUACGGUCUUAAAAACAAAAGAAUGGCACUUCAGGCUUUGGCUCGCAAGCGUAACUACGAGAAGCAAUUAGCUCAGAUUGAUGGAACUCUCAAUACAAUUGAUAGUCAUAUCGAAGCUCUCGAAAAUGCUGGAACAAAUGUCGAGGUUCUUAAUGCCAUGCGAUAUGGGUCAAAUGCCUUAAAAAAUGUCCACAAAAACAUGACUGCUGAUGAUGUACAGAAUAUUAUGGAUGAUAUACAAGAACAACGAGAUACGUGCCAGGAAAUCUCUAAUGUAAUAUCCACCCCUAUGGGUCUAAAUGCAGACUACGAUGAAGAUGACCUUCUUCGUGAACUUGAAGAGCUUGAGGCUGAUGGUGUUGAACAAAAAUUGCUGGAUAUUAAUCGGAUACCUCAAUUGCCUAAUGUCCCAGAUUCUGAUUUGUCAAUACCUGUAGCAUCCAAAAGUGCAUCAAGUAAGAAAGCAAUUGAAGAUGACGAUAUUGGAGCACUUGCUGAAUGGGCUAAUUAAUAAUUACAUUAAUAACACCUCAUAAUCUUUUUCUAAAUCAUUAUUAUCAAGUGUGUUCGUUUAUCAUCUACAGUUUGAAUUGUUCUCUGUUCCCAUUAUUAUGACCUGCCUCGUGUUUUGUUUAUUCUAUAAUGUUCAAUAAGACCAGUUUUUUUAAAAAGCAAUGAUGAUAAUAAUGAUUCCCUGCUUCUUUUUUUUUAAAAUAGACACCUUCACAUUUGUACUAAUCUUUGUGUAUAAUCAAUCUCUGCUUCAUUUUUCACUUAAAAAAAAAAGAAAUGAAAACAGUCUAAUCUCCUUUUUCUUCUCUACUCAAUUACAUUUUCUAUGUGUAAAUUCGUUUCACUUGAAAAAGAUGCACUGUAUUGUACUUGUACUACUACUACCACCACCGCUGCAUUGUAUUGAAUGGUUUAUGUGUUAUACUUAUUGUAACAUUCAAGGUGUUCUACUACUACUACUACUACUCAAAGUAUUCAAGAUGAAAUACAUUGAAAGUGUUUAAUUCUACUAACUUAUUGAUUCUAGUUCUUGGAAGAAGAAGAAGAAACAGUUAGAUAAAUAGAUAUUUACUAAUAUAUAUUUUUUUCUUAUACUACUCGAUGCAUGAUGUUUAGCAUCAAUAAUAAAUAACAUAGUCUGUUGUUACAUAUAUUUUUUUAAACUGGUGAGAUGAUUUCAACCCCACAACGUUCUCGUUACUUUUCUUACAUACAUUUAUAAAUUUUUAUCAAUAAUAGCCUAUUUAUAUACAAUAUAUGUGUGUAUACCUGUUGCUAAUAUACACAAAUGAUUUGUUAUAGCUUAAUGCUAGAAUUUUCUUCUCUUCUGUUGGCUUUUUCUAUCAAUCUACCUUUUUUUCUCUCUUAUUGUGAUUAAAAUUAAAGAUAAACGUUUUAGUUACUACCAUUUAAAUAUUUAUAUUGUGUGUGUGUGUAUGUAUGUAUGCAUGCAUGUAUGGGUGUAUAUGUAAUGUGUAAAAAAGGUUGGAUUAUUGAAUAGAACAGUAAAGAGAACAUUAGUUAGAUAAAGGAUCCUACAAAUGAUUAAUUAAUUUUGGUCUGGAUUAUGAUUGUGUCAAUAUUCUAAUGAUAAUCUAAUUGUAAUUUGAUUCCAUGUAUGAACAAUAACAACAAAAGCAAUACUCUUGGAAUUAAUUUCUUAUUUAAAACAACCUAAAUACAAUUAAUUUUCUAUAUAUUUUUUUUCAAAAGAAAAUUGUCACAUUCUACAUUCGUCUGAUUAGAUACAGAAGAUUGAAUUAGAAAACUAUGGUAAAACGGAAUAUAAAUAUACACUACCCGUUGAUAUUUAUAUAUUUUUCUAUACUUUAAAUAUAUUGGCUAAACCUUGACAAAUUCCAGGAACAGCUUCAAUCAAUGAUUUGUCUUCAUUUUCACACUUCUUAUAUUAGCAUUGAGCUAGCUUGUUUGCAUAGAUACUUAAUAUGUUUGGAUACACCCUAUGAGUAGUAUUGGUUAUAUGUACGAUAAAUGAAAUAAACAUAUUGUGAAUUUAAUUAACUAGAAUGUCACUGACUGAUAUAUUUUGAAUGUGACCUAGGUGUAGUUUUAUUGUAUGAACUGAUUACUGAAGAGUCCAAUGAUUUGAUUGAUUGACUCUAUGAUCAUAGGAUUAGUUAACCAAGCUUAAAUACAUUGACUGAGACACUAACUAAAUUGGAUAGAUUUCUAAGUGUAAUUCACCUUACUUCCUUGUUUUGUUUUCUUCCUGUGAUUCUAGGACUUUUCGUCUCUCCGAUUACUAAUAUGUAACGGCUAUUUUUUGUAUUCGUAUAAUUUCUUUAAGUGUUAUGUACUUCAGUCGUCAAAGUAUGUUACUGAUAAUAUACUAUUUCAAUAUGCGUG